CAACCCAGGACGAGAAAUUUGAAACUCGACUUCAGCUGAAUCCCAUAGGAUUUCCGAGUAAUUCAACAACGUCCGACAGAUUCUCGUCUGAUGUCGGUUCUGUUGAUUUCCGAUAGUUGAUCCAAUAGUCGGAAAACAUCGGCUGCAAGCUGAAUUCCAUACACACCUUUUGAAUUUAGAUCGAAAGUCUUAAAUCUAAAUUUAAAAGAGAGCGUCGUCCGCUUCAACAAACUUCCGAGCAAGUCCAACAAAUGAAACUGAAGCAUGGUAGCAACUAUGGUCGUCCCAUAAAAGGAAAUGAUAAUAUAACUGCACCCCGUCGUGAAAUUCCUAUUGAUUUUUGGAAUAAGAUAGAUCUUAAUGAUGAUCCUGAAGAUUUAGAUAAAAGUAUUCAAUUUAUGAAAAAAGAGUUGUUACAAGAAAAAGUAGAUUUUGAUGAAGUCAGAAUUGUGUGGAAAAAAGCAUUGGUAGCAAGAAGAAAAUUUAUUCAAACUCAUACAACAAAAGAAGUGUUACAAGAGUUUCCUGGUUAUCAUCAUGUUCUAUUGAUUUUCGACGAGAUUCAAUACCUAUGUAAUGUUGAUAUUGAGUCAAAUUUAGAAAAUGCUUUACCAAAAUUACUUAGUAUAAUACCUGAAAAUUCAGGUUUUGUAAAUGGCAAAUCUUCCAGCAGUACGAUUAAUUAA